AUGCCCAGUUGCUGACCCAGUAUCUCCUGUUGCAAAUUCACGUGUCCUGAUUUGCAUUCUCAAACAGAGCGGCACUCUUGAUUACCCAUGACCAUUUGUCUAUGAGUUAUCAUCGUUAAGUUGUCAAAUAUGCCUCAAGCACAGCCAGAGUUGAAGAAGUACAUGGAAAAGCGGCUCCUCAUCCAAAUCAAUGGUAAUCGCAGGGUCAUUGGUGUCCUUCGUGGCUAUGAUGUAUUUAUGAAUAUAGUGUUGGAUGAAGCGAUUGAAGAAAAGACUGGUGGCGAGAAAGUGCGCUUAGGCAUGGUGGUAAUUCGUGGGAAUUCGGUUGUUAUGCUUGAGGCUCUCGAGCGAAUAGCAGAUCGAUAAUGCAUACUCCGGACUGAUUCGGCAGGUUUUGGUGAACAACAUUCAAGAAAGCGCAGCCAUGCGUUGACGAAACUCAGACGCGUCGGGAAGCUCAUUCGCGAAGAUUAUCGUUCCAGGUUGACAGGCUACUACAUUCGAUAAUAGCUAUAAAGUUUUAACAAGGUUUCAGAGGCCCUUUAAAGUGAUAUAUCAAAAUGUCAUGUUGAUUGAAAUUCAUACGACAGGGCAAGCUCGGCUUUUAUUCGCCCGUCACUAAACAAGCCAUCCAUGCAUAGCUCCACGCGCCGUCCAUGAGGCAUCCUCGAGGAAAGAAUUGAAGAGGAUGCACUAUGUGUGGGGGAUGUCAGGGUUAUAGGGUGCUUUUAUCUUGAGUUUAAGUUUUGGAGGCCUUAAUGGCGAAGACACAUCAGCGUUCGAGGGCGAAGGCAUAAACGCAAGUUUUGGUACUUUAAGCGUUAUCUUUCGGCUAGUCACAGUCGCAUUUCCAUCAUCGCGCUUUCUUUUAUCGAGCACCUGAUUAGUCGAAAAACCCGUAUUUAUUUUGGACUUUGCGAUGGAAUAUGUUCGAGGUCGGUUCGAUUUUGAAAACCUGACCUUGCC